GCCAAGCUUCCCCAGGCGCCUCAGUUGCGCUGAUGUAAUCGUGUGCACCUCACCAAGCUGAUUGUCGCGUGUACUUCCUCAUUCUUCAUUCUUUUCUCCCGGCUCCAUUCUUCUCCUUCUGUAGCCAGUACGAGCGCCGGGGAGUAUGCGGCCGCCGGCGUCAGAAUGAGCCGGAGUUUCUACGACAUUGAUGCCGCGGGCGAAGUGCUCUGCACCUACACGGAUAGCAGCGGGCAGGAGAACCUCAGAUCUGAGAAAACCGAGGUCCCCCUAGCCAAAGCCAUCCUCUACGCCUUUCUGCCCGCCGGCUACCCGCACACCGUCACCGACGACUACCUCGCCUACCAGACCUACGACUCCCUCCAGGCCUUCGCCUCGUCCAUAACAUCCCUGCUCGCCAAUCGUGCCGUACUAGAGGGCCUAGGCGUAGGCGACUCGUCGUCAUCCCCCACGGGCGCCCUAAUCCUCAAAAUCACGGGCGACACCAUCUCCCGCAUCGCCACCAUUCUCUUCGCGCACCGCAUGGGCCAGGCGAUCGAGCCCGAGUGCAAGUUCUACCGCUUCCUGGCGGACUUGUUCAACGACAGCGCGCAGUUCCUCGACCUCUUAACGCCCGCCCUCCCCUACUUCCCCAAACUGGGCGUGAUCGUGUCGGCGGGGGUGCUGCGCUCGCUCUGCGGCGUGGCCGCAAACGCCAGCAAGGCCAGCCUGUCGGCGCAUUUCGCGCUGACGGGCAACCUGGCCGAGCUUAACGCUAAGGAAGCCUCGCAGGAAACGGUGGUUAGUCUGAUGGGGAUGCUGGUGGGCUCGCUGGUGGUGCGUCUCGUCGAGGAUAAGCAGGUGGUCUGGCUCCUCAUGGUCCUGCUCGCGGGCGUGCAUCUCACCAUGAACUACCGCGCUGUGCGGAGUGUUAAGAUGCGCUCGCUCAACCGUCAGCGGGCGACUAUUGUGUUUCGGGAGUGGUUGGAACAUGGGACUAUACUUACCCCUGAGCAGGUUGCUCAGCGGGAGAGCAUCCUGCGGAAGGGGCGCGGCAAUCUGUCGAGCAAGAGCGGUGACUAUACGGGGUUUUGCGAUUUUUGCACUUAUGGCGACCUCAGGCGCUGGAAUCCCCGGGGAUACCAUCGCUAUGACUUCGAAACGGCGAGCUACUUUAUGGGCAUAUGGCACCGAGGGGGUUACUUCUACAUGAGGGUUGCCCUCAAGGAGGGCACGACUAGUCCUCUCUCGGCCUGGUUUGACGCUGUCAACCACGCCUACCACUUUGACUCGGCUCUCAAGGACGGGUUAGAGAGCCAUUACGAAAACGAAAUUCCACUGGGUUAUGUGUCCGAGGAGCAAAAGAAGACGAUAUUUGCCGCUUUGACGGCAGCGGGCUGGGAUCUAGAGACAAAUGCGUUAGAGACUAGGUUGCCUGUUAGAGUAAGGGUGGGCGAUGGGAGGAAAGCUCCGCAUCUAUCCGAGAAGGAUCCCAUCAGGCAUCAUGGCCACCAGGAGGCCAAGCAUGACUAAUUCUGUAGAUUGCAGCGGUUGGGAAAUACUGCAAUAGAGCGCCAUGAGCGCGCCUAUCGUAUGGCGUCAAGGAGUAAGAACGGGGACAAUGGAUUGACGGUACCUACGGUUCGGUUGGUUAAUGCUUGAUUGGGUCAUGGGUAAGGGACAUGCUGCUGGGACGGCGGUAGGAUUAGACAUGUUGUAAUUGUAUUCAUGGAGAUACCACGCAAAUGUCGAGCCUCAGGCGGCAGCUCUGUGAAACCUGAAACUUGAG